AUGGUGUUAGGUAUUGAUCUUGGUCUUGGCAAAAAUAGCGGAUGUGAAGUAUUCAAUUAUGCGAUCGAUAAAGAUGUUAGUCAAAAGAUCGAAUGGAAUCGGCGACCAUCAUAUAGUACCACGUCAUCACCAUUGGACAUAUUCCGGACUACACCCUCUGAUGACUCCGAUCAAUAG